AUGAACAACUCGAAUUCCAUUCAGAAGCCAAAUGUAGCUGUUGAACCCUUCAGUGAUUCGAGAGUAUCAAAUGGAGUGGAUUUGACCGGCCUCAAGAGAAAAUCCCGUGCAGAAGGCUCAGAAGAUGCGGAUUUUGGAGAAGAGACCAUGAGCGAGGGAAAACAAGAAGAAAGGUCGACCAUUCGACAAGCCAUUCAUCUUCAGUUCCAGAAGGCGAUCAGGAAAGCAAUCUUGGCACUUUUCCUCAUGGUGAAGCCUCAUCCUGCGAUUCUGCAAGCAAUUUCUAACGACAAAUCCGCACUUAUGCAAGUUGAGACUGGCAAAAGAGAGGUCGCAGAAGCAAAUCUAGGACAAAGGGAUAAAGAUAAUGAGGAAGAAGAGAGAGCUACUCCGUCUAUAAUCCAGCGAAGUAUGUCUAUCUUCUCAAAAAUCACCUACACUCUAACUGAAAAUAUAGAAACAUCGAAAACUGUGGCAGAGUCUACAUCCUUCCUCCCAAACGAAGUCGUAGUCAAGAUCUUCGAAGCCAUCUUGCGAUUGCCACGAGAGCCCGACACACCGCCAACUUCGAAUCAAGACUCAAAAUCAACUUUAAAUUCGACAGAAGAUGAGGACGAUAGUCAUUGGGAUAUGUAUACAAAUGGCGAAAUGUCAUACAACCUUGGAAGAAAGGAGUUUGGGAUAGAUAACGAUGGAAUCAUUGAGGCUAUUUGUUUUGCUCUUACAUGUCCUAGAUAUUGGAUUGUCUUCCGCGAUCUCUGGUGUUAUUCAGAUACCAACAAGAUCGUCAAAGACUUCGGGCUAUCGAUGCCACAGGAGCUUGUUCUCGCACCUCUUCUAGAAACAUGGAUGGGUGAAAAGUACCGUCGUUCAAACCUCCUCACUAUAAAUCCUGCAUGGUCUAUAGAGAUAGGCGAGGAUGGAUCUCAAGGAUACAUCAACAUGUUUCUUUCAAGAAGUGUCUAUGGCCAGGGGGAUAAUGAACGUGAUCUGCAAAAGGAGCAGUCUUUAUGGGACAGGUACAAGGCUAGGUCUCAAAUACUAGAUUGCAGUGAAGGUGAUAACUUGGAGUAUUUUGUAUUUAGUGGACAGUCUCCGGAAUAUUAUCCUAAAAUCCCGCUGCCGAGUCCUUUCAGAAUGGGUAGCAGCUGGUAUCUAAAAGCAGCCAAACAGUAUCGGGAUACGUUCAUAAAUUGGCAAUUCACAUAUUCCGAUUAUGAUUUUGUGCCGGAUUUUGAGGACAACGGUAAGGACAUUGGUCCCCUGAGCUGUGCAAUGCAACGUUCUUGGGAAUCAUUUCGAAAAUCAGCAAUCUUCGAAUGGGUCGAAAGGAUUCAGUCUCCUAGGGAUCGUCCCUUGACUCAAGUCCAAGAUGAGUCACUUCAAGUUGCAACUGAUAUACUUGAGCUUCAUCGGGAUGUUACACAAUUCGAUAUGAUAGUUGAUUUUUACGAAUUUGGGUACAAAGUUGGAUGGGAAGAAAUCUCUGGGCCUUUCCCAACAGAUAAUUGGGAAACGUACGCAUAUGACGCUAUGUGUUCUACAGUCUUUUAUGGGCAUGAUUUGUGGGAGCCGGAACUUCCUCUCUACUAG